CUGACAUGGAAGCCUCACUGUGUAUGGGGUUAGCAGGUAAAAGUGGGAGUUCGUAGGCGCGUCUUUAGUGGCACAUCAGCUGACAUGGUGCUUCAGAUGGCUUCAACGAGCGGCUUACAGCAAGGCGCGGCUGAGUGGCUGUUGACCAUCCAGGAAGGUCAUCGCCGCUUCCAGGAUAUCGUGGAUGCUCUGUUCACGAGGCGAGGGGAUCGGUCUGAGGCUGAUGGGGGGGCACCCGCGUUGAUCCGAUGGCUGGACGAUAUGAUGCAGAGCAUGCUGGAUGUUAUCUGGGAGUUGGAGGAGGGGCCGGCUCCUCAGCUGGAUGAGUUUAUCAACUGGCGACAAGCGCAUACUCUGAUGCAGCAUUGCUAUGAUAUCUUUGAGGAAGGGUGUGAUCUGUGUGCUGCUCUGGAAGCGGGGUUGCCUGCGCAAUCUGACAUGUGUGAUCAGAUGUUCGUCGCAGGAGAAGGACAACCACCACUUGAGGAAGGGGACAUCCAGGGAGGGUCGGAAGAAUGGCAGCUUGUUCCCGCCUCUCCACGAUUGGCGGCACCUUAUAACCGGUGGGCCAAAAGGCGGAUCUCCCAAUCGGUGGCCUGCCACCGAUAACAGUGGAAACGCCACGAAUGACAACAACAACGACAUCAACAAUAACAAGA